UGUAUCUUGGUGGUGCCCCAAGCAGCCGAAACGAACCAUCCAACCGCCAACAGAGAACCACCACCUCAGUUGGCCAAAACCAUUCUUUUGCCUUUUACCUCUCCAGUGGAUUACCUUUGCCCUAAAAAAAGAUAUAACCAACGAAAUUGAAAGAAACAUCAAAAAAAAACUGUCAAGUGAACACAAACACCGAGUUGAACAAACCCAUAAAGUGCGCGAAAUGUUGAGCUACGUGUAAAAGCGAUUCCAAGGAUCCUCUAUAACUCUGUGAGAUUCCAAAUCGAAAGAAUCGAGAAAGAAAGUGGCUAGUGAUCCCAUAGAAAACGGAGAGUUCUAAAACGACAAAAAUCCGUUCUGUUACUUGAGUGAAAAAGUUACAACCGCAAGAUGACAAGAAGACGUUCGAGUCCGCCGGGACUCGAGGAGCUGCUAUAUCUGGCUCUGGUCCUUCUAGCCAUGGUCCUGAUACCCACACAAGCCGCCCCGGUUCAAGAAUAUACGGAGAUCCAACAGUAUUCGGAAGGCUGCUACUACAACUAUGCGCAUUACCAGGAGGGCGACCGCAUCAUGACCAAUGAGCCGUGUCUGAACUGCACCUGCCACAACCGCAUGCUGAUGUGCUACCUGCGCGUCUGCCCCUUCACCAAGCCCAUUGGCCACGACUGCAUCGUGGAGAAGCGGGAGGACCAGUGCUGUCCCAUCAUCACCUGCCCAGAAGUGCCCGUGGAUGUGCCCUAUCACUCCCCCGAACCCGGCACCGAACUGAGCAUCCCCGAGAAGUUUGGCUGCAGCAUCGAGGAGAAGUUCUACCCCGAGGGCGCCCAGGUGCCAUCGAACCCCAACAAACCCUGCGAGCUCUGCUACUGCAUCAACAACCAGACCAAGUGCGUCAUGCAGGAGUGCACUCUCCAUGUGGACGGCUGCCUGCCCAUUUACAACAAGGGAUCCUGUUGCCCAGUGCGUUAUAGUUGUGACCAUGAGAACGAGUUGGACUUUGUGGACCAGUCGACCACCACGACAACCACCACAGUGCGCCCCACCACUGGCUUCAUCCUGGCCAGCACCAUGACGCCACCAACGACCAUGGACUGCAUCCACGAUGGCGAGGUCUUCGCCGACGGAGCCUCCCUGAAGGGCAAGAAUGCCUGCGAGCACUGCUAUUGCAUGCGCGGAGAUAUCGUGUGCGCCGUCCAGGAGUGCGAGGUGCCCAUGAUGGCGGCCAAUGGCAAGUCCUGCCGAGCAAUGCCAGCCGCCGACGGCGAGUGCUGUCCGAGCAACUACGUCUGCGAGGAUGACAGUGCCACCACUGAAAUCGUUGAGAUCACCACGCCUGAGAGUGUUACUUCGGUGCCAGCCAAGGGCAUUCACGCCGAGAUCCCCAAGGAGGAUGUGGACCUGCAAGAGCACAUCGACGAUGAGGAGAAGGACCAUGAGAAGGAGAAGGAAAGUGCCACUGAAAUUCCUGCUGCAGAGCUGGGUAGCGGAGAGGUUGAGGACGAAGAGGAGGAAGAGAAAGAUAAGGUCACCACGGUUACUCCCGUCCACGUCACAGACGAGAAGGACUUCUCCUUCGAACCCGAGUCCUCCACCGCCGGCAUUCCCUCCGAUUCCAGGAUCGAUGUGCCCUCGUCCACUGAGGAAAUCAAGGAAUCGUCCACCGAAGCCGCCGAGGAGGAGAUCGUCAAGAUCGUCACCACUCCAGAGCCCGAAGGUAGCGGCGAAGAGGAUGUGUCUAAGCCCGCCCAGGUUCCCGAGAAGGAAAUCAUUGAAGAUGAACUCAUUAAGGUCACCACUUCUGCUCCUCCCAAGGCCAGCCCUGAAGAGGAAGUGGUCGAGGCCACCACCGCGACACCAACGGAGGAAGAGGAUGUUAAGCCCACGACCGCCGAAACAACUAGCGAAGAAGAGGUUGAGGGUAAGCCCACGCUUGAGGAGGAAGGAAGCGGUGAGGAGGAGAAGGAUGUCAAGGUCACAGCAGCUCCAGAGGAAACCCCAGAGGAAGCCAAGCCCACUUCCGCUCCAGUGGCAAGUGACGAUGAGAAGGAACCGGAAGCCAAGCCUACUGAAGGCAGCGGUGAUGAAGAGCAGGAAGUCAAACCCACUUCUGCUCCGGCUGCGGGUGAAGAGGAAGCCACUCCAGCACCCGAAGAAAGUGAGGAACAGGAAGAAGGCAAGCCCACUCCAGCUCCAUCAGCAAUUGAUGAUAUUGAACCAGCCAAGCCCACCGAGUCAUCAGAAGAAGCCAGCAGCGAAGGAGAAGAAGAGAUCGUCAAGGGAACCACACCUGCUGGAGAAGCCAGCAUUGCAGGUGAGGAGGAUAUCAUCCCUGGAACCGUACCUCCCAGCAUCGAAGAUGAAAUCGUUCUUCCUGCCGAAGAAUCUAGCACCGAAGGAGAAGAAAUCGUUAAAGCAACCACCCCUGCCGGAGAAUCCAGCAGCGAAGAGGAAGAGAUUGUCAAGGAAACCACUCCUGCCGGAGAACCCAGCAGCGAAGGAGAAGAGGAGGUCGUUAAGGCAACCACUCCUGCCGGUGAAGCUAGCAGUGAGCCCGAAAAGGAUAUCGCUAAGGAAACCACACCUGCCGGAGAACCCAGCAGCGAAGAAGAGAUCAUUAAGGGAACCACACCUGCCGGAGAGCCCAGCAGCGAAGGUGAAGAAGAGAUCGUCAAGGGAACCACACCUGCCGAAGAAUCCAGCAGCGAAAGCGACGAAGAAGUCAUCAAGACCACCACUCCAGCUCCUAAAGUCGAAACCGAAGGCGAGAAAGAACCAGAGACUGCCACUGAAGCUCCAGCGGAAGAAGUGGAGGACUUGGCCAAGCCCACAACGCCAAUUGCUGAGACUGAGGAAGAACCCAUUGCCGGAACUCCCAUUCCAACUGAAGAUGUCAGUGCCGAAGAAGAGUUUGUUAAGGUCACCACACCAAAGACUUUGGGAGAGCAGCCUGAAACCGCCGAAGAGUCCACUGAGUUGCCAGUUGAAGCGGGCGAGCUCCCAAGCUCGACCAGUGCUCCAGGAAUUGCUUCCUCGACCGAAGGUGUCGAGGUUGCUUCAAUUGAAACUACUAGCACUGCACCUGCCCGAGCUGGAGACCAUGAGGAAACCGGCGCCACCGAGGCAACUCCCGAUGACAAGGGACCCGAAGAGGUCGAACAGGAUGCCACCGACUUGCCAGUCGAAGAUUCUGUCCAGAGCACAACUGCAAAGACCACAACCAUCGAGCAGGCUGAGGAGGAGUCCUCAACUGAGGCCGAGGAAAUCGAGUCCUCAACUGCCAGCCCCGUCGAAAAAGAGGAACCUGCAGACAAGGAUCACAAGGAUGAGGAAGAUGUUCAGACAAGCACUGAUCUGCCAGCCAAAUCUGAUAUUGUGCCUCCUGUUGGCGAUGCCGAAGCCUCUACUAGUCAACCCGAGACCAGCGAUGAAGCCGCUACAGAUAAGCCAACCGCUGUUUAUCUGCCGCCUGCUGGAGACAAGGACUCUGCGGAAGAAUUGGAAGCUUCUACUGAGCCAUCUGUACAAGAGGAACCAUCCAAGGAGACCACUCCAGAGCCCCAGGAAGUCCCAUCCAGCACUGCUAAGGUUGACAAUCGCAACGACUUCGAGACAGAGAAACCCACCCAGCCACCAAGUGGCGAGGAUCAGAGCCCCGUCUCCGAACCCCUGCCCGCAAUGGAUCUGCCCGCUGUUAUUCCUGGCGAAGGCGACUGCCUGGUGGAGGGCAAGACCUAUGCCAAUAACACCGUCGUGCCCGCCACAGCUCCCUGCGACGUGUCCUGCAGAUGUAUCAGCAGCCUGGUGGCCUGCCAACAGAUGGAGUGCAAGUUGCCCGAGAACCUGGAUAAAUGUACGGUGGCUUCCGAUCUGGUGGAUGGUUGCUGUCCCACUUAUGUCUGCGAUGAGAGCACUGAAAGUGCUGAGAAGGAACCGGACUCCACUGCCAAACCUGAGGACAAGAUCGACGAGGAUGUCUCCGAGAUCAGCACCGAACAAAUUCCCCAGGAUGUCGGCAUGCCAACUGGCAUUACUGACCAGCCUCUUUCUCAUGUCAAGCCCGAAGAGGAGAUCGUCCCAGUGACAUCUGUUCCCACCCAGGUUGAUGAAUCUACAACUGCUGCUAAGGCUGAUAAGAAACCAAUUGAUGAAUCCGAGGAGGAUAAGAAACCAAUUGAAGAAUCCGAAGGGGAUAAGAAACCCGUUGAAGAAUCCGAAAAGGAUAAGAAACCAAUUGAAGAAUCAGAGGAGGAUAAGAAACCAAUUGAAGAAUCUGAGGAGGACAAGAAACCAAUUGAAGACUCCGAGGAGGAUAAGAAACCAGUUGAAGACUCUGAAGAGAAGGAGAAGCCUUCGCCUGCUGUUACUCCUGCAAGUGAGAUCGAAGAGGAGUCCCAGAAACCCCUUGAAAAGGAACCCAAGCCCGAGGAUGAGAAGAAGACGGAGGGUGAAUUCGUGGCAGCCACUGAGCAGCCAGAGGCUUCCACUCCAGCCCAGUUUGCCGACGAUGCCGAGAAGGAGGCUGAUGAUAAAUUGGCAACUACAUCUGCUCCCAUUUCAACUGAAGAAGAGCCCAAGCCAGUCGAUGAAAAGAAACCCACUGAGGGAGAGCCAAUCCCCGAUGUCGAAAUCCCUGCCAGCACUGCUCAGCCCGAGAAGGACACUCCAGAGGCCUCGACUGAACUGCCAACUGCUGAUCUCGACAAGAAGCCAGAGGCCGAGGAACCAUCUGCAUCCACCGAGGCACCUGAGUCCGAUAAGAUUCCUGAAGUUUCAACCAGUGCUCCAGCUGGAGAUGAGAUUGAAGAAUCUGACAAAUUCUCUACCGUUUUUCCAUCGACGACUUCUGCUGCUGACGAAAUUGAACCAACUGGUGAUGAAGAUAUCGUUCCUGCAACCUCUGUACCCAUUGACAGCGAAAUUGAAAUUAGCACCAAGAAGCCAGACAUCCAUGGACCACCACUACCCACACUUGCCCCAGCACAGCCAGGGAAGAAACCAGUCGAUGAAGAGAGCUCCACUGAAGCUGAGAUCAGCACUGAACCAAGCGCUGAGGUUGAAAAGGAUACCUCUGAUGAGACAUCCGAGUUCGACAAUGAAAUCGAAGGUGAUGCUACUCCUGCUCCUGUACCUGCUGACGAGGACAAGACCCCGAGCACUGAGAAGACUGUCGAGGCCGAAGAAAAGGCCACAACAGUUGCCCCAGCUGUUGGCGAUGAGGAAGAGGGUAAUCUGCCCAAGCUACCCCAGGAUAUCUUUGAAGAGGAACUGCCCGCCGCUGUUACUACCCCAGCUCCAACGAAGGGAGAAGAGGAACAAAAACCAGUCGAGGAUGGAGAGAAACCAGUCGAAGAAGGACAGAAACCAGUCGAAGAAGGCGAGAAGCCCAUUGAGGAUGAGACCUCUACAGCUUCCUCCACUGAAAAUGAGAUCGAGCCUGAAUCUGAUCGUGCAACCACUGCUGCUCCUACUAAGGAAGAGUCUGUCGAACCAUCCACGGAAUCUCCUGCCUCUGAUGAGAGCAAGGAAACACCUGAGUCUGAAGUGCCCGCAACCGUUGCUCCUGCUGAUGAGAAGCUUCCAACGAGCAGUAUCACUCCCGAUGAGGAACCCACAGCCACUUCUGCUCCUUCUGCCAAGCCUGAUGAAGAUGUAGAGGAGGAAACUAGCAGCGAAACCGUCACAGGAAUUCCAGAGUCUUCUGAAGAAGAGGAUAAGGAAACAUCCACUCCAUCUCAGGUUUCAGAAGAGAAGCCUGAAGCUCCUGCCAAGACUCCAGAGGAGGAAGAGGAAUCUGUUGGUGCCACUACAGCUCCAACGACCGCUGAUGAAGUGCCUGCCAUUCAGAGACUGCCUGAAGAGGUCCUUGCUGAGAUUCCGCAACCAUCGACUGAGACUGGAGUUAAACCGGAGGACGAAACUACUGCUGCUCCGAGUGUUGACCAGAAGGAACCUGCUGUCACCUCAAUCCCAUCCGCUGAAAUCGACGAAGAAGCCACCACAGUCGCUCCCAUCGCUGAGAAGGAUGAGAAGCCAACUAAGGAUGAGAAACCAGAGGAGGAGAAGCCAACUAAAGAGGAGAAACCAACUGGAGAAGAGCCAUCUGAGGAAGAGAAACCAACUGAAGAGCAGCCUUCUGAGGAAGAAAAGGAGAAGCCCACAGAGAUAUCUACUGAGGGUCCUACCAAGAUUGCCACCCCAGAAGAUAAGCUUGAAACUCAGACUGCCUCUACAGAGGCUUCCGAGGAGGGAUCUACUGAAUCUUCAGAAGAAAUUGAGCCAUCGACUGAAGGAACUGUUGAUGAGCAGCCCGAAGACAAGCUGCCCUCAUCCACGGCCCAGGCUCCAGUUGAGAAGAUUCCCGAAAUCUCCACCGAGCUGCCAACUGAAAUUGCCGAGAAGCCUACAACCGUUGCCCCUGUUUCCGCCGAUGAAAAUGCCUCUGCUCCGACCGAAGACAAGAUUCCCUCAGUUUCCAGCGAAGAAGACGAGAGCCCAGAAGUCACUACUGCCUCUCCACCAGCGGCCGGAGGUGAUGAAACCAAGACACCUUCGGAAAUUGAACCAUCUUCCACUGACAAGGUACCAGAGACUGAAGACAAGAAGCCCGAGGACGAGAAGAAGGCAGAAGAGAAACCAGAGUCUGCUACCCAAGUGCCUGAGCUUCCACAGGAGACAGUGCCUUCCUCCACAUCGGCCCCAGUUGCUGGUGAAGAUAUCGAAAAGGAGGAGCAAGCUACCUCUGCCUCGCCUGUCCAGGAGGAGGGAGAAGAGAUCAAGCCAACCAGCGCUCCAGCUGCUGAGAUUCCCGAACCAUCUGAAAAGGAACCAGCCCUGGAUGAACAAGAAGUGGAGGUCACAACUAAACCCAGCAUCGAAGAAUCUGAAGAGCAACCAAUUGAUGAAGCUGCCCCGGCCACUUCUGGACCCAUUGAGGAAGCUUCCACAGCUGUUCCUGCCAAGGAGGAAUCCAGUACUCCAUCUCAAAAGAAGGACGAUAUUGAUGUCACCACUUCUGCCAGCCCAGCUUCGCCUGUUGCUCAGGACGAUGAAACUAAGGAUGCCACCACUGUUCAACCAGUGGCCGAUGAGAAGGACGUGUCUGCUCCCCAGGACGAUACCAAGACAUCCAUUGAUGUAUCCACGGAUUCUCCAAUCACCCAAGAGGAAGAGGAACAAGACAAAACCGAGGCUCCAUUGGCACCCACCACUGUUGCAUCGCCCGCCGCUGAUUCUACUGCUGAUUCCACCACUCCUUCUGUGGGUGUUCCUUCUGCCGUUGACAUCGACACCAAGCCCAUGGAUGAAGUCAUGUCCCAGACUAUUGAUCCGCAUGCCGCCGAAGAGUCUGCGUCCAAGUCCCCUGAGGAUGAAGAACAGUCUUCCGUUACUGUGGCUCCCCAGGAUGCUGUUAAGGUUCCAGCUAAAACCGGACCCCAUGAUGCUGAUAAGACCCUGGUCACAGAGGCUCCCCAGGAUGCUGAGGAAGUCCCAGCUACAGCAGCUCCUCAGGAUGAAGACAAGAUUCCAGCUACAGUUGCUCCCCAGACUGAUGACAAGACUCCAUCUACAGUGUCUCCUCAGGCUGAUGAUGAAAUCCCAGCCACAUCUGCUCCUCUUGAUGAAGAAAAGGUUCCAGCUACAGCAGCUCCUCUGGAUGAUGAAAAGAUUCCAGCCACAGCAGCUCCUCUUGAUGACGAAAAGAUUCCAUCGACAUCAGCUCCUCUGGAUGAUGAGAAGAUUCCUAUUCCAGUUUCUCCAGUUUCUCCUGCUGUUUUCGAUGUGGAGCCUAGCAGCGAGAAGCCUUCUGUUUCUGAGGACGUUGGUGAAGAGAGCACCGAACCAGCUAUCGACGAUGCUGAGGAUAGCACUGAUGAGCCCACAGCUGAUGCCAAACUGAAGCCAUCCACUCCAGCGCCUGCUGUACCAUCCGAAUCUCCAGUCACUGAAUCGGAGAUUGUGCCGGAGACCGCAGCUCCAGAAGUGGAGAAGGAGGUUCCAGAGAAGACCACAGAACAACAAGAGCCGGAGAAGGAGGUGCCAGAGAAGUCCACUGAACAACAAGAGGUGGAGAAGGAGGUGCCAGAGAAGGCCACUGAACAGCCAGAGUCGGCUGAGGAGAAGACCACUCCAGAGCCAGUCGUAAAGCCCAGCUUGGACUCCACCGAGGAAGGAGCGGAGUCCGUUGAGUCCGAGGAGGAGCAUGCUCCAGUUACGGAGGCAGCUGACAAGGAGGACGAGAGCAAGGAGACUGAGGAGGAGACUGACAAGAAACCCGUGCCAGAGGAGCCUGAGGUUCCCGCCGUGGUUUCGGAGAUUCCGCAGCCAAGCGAAGAGUCCGUUCCCACCACUGGCCACCCACUGUUCCCACACCUGCCCAGCAGCUCCACCAAGUCGCCAGCUAUCGAUGAUCGCGUUGGCGAUGAUGAUGAAGAGAAUACCACCGCCAAAUUGAGUGCUUCCAGCACCACAGAGGCUCCUGUGACCAGCGCUCCCUCGACGACGACGGUGGCCAGCCAACAGCAACAGCCCAUCACCCCACCACCCUACGGCCACGCCCCCGAGUACGAGGACGAGUACGAUGAGGAGGAGGUCUUCGGACCCGGAACAUGCCGCUACGCCGGCAAGCUAUACGUGUCCGCCCAGCAGAUUCCACGUGACGAUCCCUGCGACUUCUGCUUCUGCUUCCGCAGCGACAUCAUCUGUCUGCAGCAAUCGUGCCCGCCGCCAAUCGCCGGCUGCCACGAGGAGCCCAUCUCCGGCUUCUGCUGCCCGCGCUACGAGUGCCCAGUGUCCAUGGCCGCCGUGCUGAACAUCACCACGAGCACGACCACCACCAGCACCACCCUGCCGCCCCACUUCCUCCACUACUCGCACGGCGAGGCGGUGAAGCACACCGGCUGCCUGAUCAACGGCCGUUCCUACCGCGUGGGCGAGCAGAUCGAGUCCACGAGCGGUCCCUGCAUUAGCUGCACUUGCGGCGGUGACGGCAAGAUGAAGUGCGAUCCCCAGCAGUGCGUCCCCGAACCCACCAUGCAGCAGGUGAUGGCCGCCGUGGCGUCGGGACGCAAGAGAUGAACCACCAGCCAUGCUCACUAAAUAUAAUUUAACUAAUUCUUAAGCACUGCAGACAACAAUCACGAACCGACGAACCAACCAGCCCAGAUAGCACCACUCGCCAACUAGCAGCAAUAGCAAUAGAAAUCACCAGAUAACAGAUACCAUCACAGACCAGAUAGAUACAGAAUCUUGAAGACCGAAACCGGAAAUCGGAAUAGAAUAGGUGCCAAGCCAAAAGCAAUAGUGAACCUGAACCUAAACCAGGACCAGAUGCAAUAGUGUUAAUUUGGGUUUGCCGACACUCGCACUCUUUCAAUUGGAUUACGCCCACUUGUUUCGGAUUAGGUUACGUUACGGUGACGAAGCAACCAGUGAUAUUGUACUGUAUACAUAGUAUAGGUGCAAUUAAUUUAGACGCGCUCACUUAAAACGAUUACUUAUUUGUAUGUGUACUAGUAUUUUUGGGCUUGUGACCCUAGUGACAGGACAUAUAGCCACCACAGCAGCCGACGUAGCGCGUGCCUUGUAAGGUCGUUCAUUGUGCCCGCCGCCAUACAAUCGCUUUCAGGAGACUCUCAGCACCCCCAACAUACAAUGCAUAUGUAUAGCGAUAAUAUUCCGGAACCGGAUCGCAAUCAAUGGCGUUACGAAGUCACGGCAUUCGGCCGCCGGACCGGAUUCUACACUUGCCCCGUCCGGCGGCUCACUCUUCUCCAAUGCGCUUUUAUAGUAUUUUAGUCACCUUAUUUUAAACAUUAUUAUUUUUGUGUAUAAUUGUUGCUUCUAGUCUUCUUUUGUUGCAAGAGCAACGGAAUCGUCCUGUAACACGCGCACAACCCGAUCAAUCGAUCGAUCGAAUCGGAUCGUAUCAGAUCAGAUGAGAUCGCUUCGGAUCGGAUCGGACCAGUUGAAUCAAAUUGAGUUGAGUUGAGUUGAGAAACUGUAUCUUCUAUGAACUAUUCCAAGCUUUCAUACUUUUAUAUACAAAAAAAAAAACGUGUAGAGUGGAGAAACGAACGAACUAGUUUUUAUAGCAAUUUUACAAACGAACGCACGAAUUGCAUAGUUUUAACGGAUUGAAUUUGUACUUCGCCCGCUGCACCUGAAACUUGCACCAGUGUCAGGUGCACAUGAGGUGGCCAAACCGUAGUCUACAUAGAAUUUUUAGAUCAACUGAAACUGAAACGGAAACGGAAACUAAAUACGGAACCGCAGAUAAACUAUGGCUACUGCUCGACUGACUGAAAAUCGCACAGAUCGGAGAGGAGUUACCUUUGUAAACUAUUUUUUUAACUACCAGCUGCCGCGCUGGUGAUUACUUUAUUGGUCGUAGAAUAAAACGAAACGCCUGGAUCUUCAGUCACUUGAGCCUUAGCAAUACCCCGUAAUCUUCAGACGUUUCAACCACGCUGAAUGAAUACGAACAUCAAUUAGUUUUAUAUAAUCUCUAAAUAUAGUUGUAGCCCUAAGUAUUUAAUUUUAAAAAUAAAUAAAUAAAUUUUAAUUUAGAUCUUAUUUAUUUGAUAUGUCUUUUAAGAACAGCUCUUGUGUUUCCAUACCUUAUCAUAAUUUAUAUGCAGCUAUUCUUUGUAAUCUAAUAAAUAAAUACAACGCUUUUUAUUGA